AUGUCCACAGUAAAUGGCUCCCUUGGAGCAAUCGUAAAUUGCGACGUUCUGGUCGUAGGAGCAGGAUUCGGCGGCGUGUACGCGAUCCACAAGCUUCGCAAGCUGGGCCUGAAUGUCAAGUGCUUCGAGGCCGGAUCCGAUAUUGGGGGCGUGUGGUACUGGAACCGGUAUCCAGGAGCUCGUGUCGACUCUGAAUUUCCCUUUUACACAUUAAGCAUCCCCGAGGUCUACAGCACCUGGAACUGGUCGUCUCGGUUCCCCGAUCAUAAGGAGCUUCGACAGCAUUUUGACCAUAUUGACAAGGUCUUGGGAAUUCGUAAAGACACCCAGUUUGAUGCUCGAGUGAAUAGUGCCACGUGGGACAAUGCCAAAGGGAAAUGGAUUGUAAAGACAGAGGCCGGCCACAUGGCCCAGUGCAAAUACCUGUUUCUCGCUACGGGACUCCUUCACCGAAGACAUUACCCAGAGUUUACGGGGCUCUUAAACUACGAGGGCGUUGUCCACCACUCCGGUUUUUGGCCCGAGGAUCUGAGCGUCAAGGGCAAAAAGGUUGCCAUCAUUGGAGCCGGUGCUACUGCCGUUCAGAUCACGCAGGAAGUCGCCAAAGAAGCUGAUGCCCUGACGGUAUUUAUGCGGCGGCCGAGCUACUGCAUUGCCAUGAAGCAGCGCGACAUCUCGAAGGAGGAGCAGAUGCACCUCAAGGGCUACUAUCCUGCCAUGUUCGGGGCGGGCCGCCAAUCUGCCGCCGGGUUCCCCAUCGCGAGACCAGAGGUCGGCUUUUGGGAUCUCUCGCCUGAGGAGCGCAAUGCGCACUGGGAAGAGUCCUGGAGUCGCGGCGCGUUCAACUUUCCCUUGACCAACUUUAAAGAAUGCGCCAUGGAUGCCAAGGCCAACCGCGAGGCAUACAAUUUUUGGGCGUCCAAGGUUCGCGCGAGGAUGAAGAAUGCUGCAAAGACGGAGCUCAUGGCACCCACCGAACCGCCGUAUUACUUUGGCACCAAGCGUGCUCCGUUGGAGCGGGACUAUUACGAGAUGCUGGACCAGGACCAUGUCGAUAUUGUGCAACUGCAAACGACCCCCUUGAAGACUUUCAAUAAGACUGGCAUGCUCACAGAAGAUGGCGUACAACGUGAUUUUGAUAUUGUGAUUCUCGCCACUGGCUUUGACAGCUUCUCUGGAUCGUUGACGCAAAUGGGCCUGAAGGGCAAGGAUGGCGUUGACAUUAAGGACCUUUGGGAACAGGAGAUUGCGAGCUAUCUUGGCAUGCUAAUCCACGGCUUCCCCAAUGCCUUUAUGGUGUAUAGCCCGCAAGCGCCCACGGCCUUUUCCAACGGCCCAACCAUCCUCGAGUGCCAGGUAGACUUUAUCGUUGACGUCAUUGCCCGCGCGGAAGCCGAAGGCGCACGAUCGGUCGAAGCAGAGAAGACGGCACAGGAUGAGUGGAGGGACUUGAUUGAGCGCAUGUGCGAGAAUUUGCUGGUGCGCUUUACAGACUCGUGGUGGAAUGGUGGCAACGUAGCUGGGAGGAAGACGCAGAUGCUUACGUUCCCCGCCGGCAUCGACCUCUAUGAGAAGAUGUGCAGACAGAAGCUGGAGAACUGGGACGGUUUCAAGGUUGAGCAUCUGAACUAA